GUGGUGGUGGUGGUCGAGGGUUGGACGACCGUUGGAUGCUUCGUCCUUCGUCCUCUGUCCUCGUCCCCUCCACCGGAAAUGGCCCAGCGCGGACAAUAAACAACUAUUUGCCAAAAUAAUUCACGGAGCACUCUAAUAAGCACUUCUCCCCUUCUUCUUCCUCUUCUUCUUCUCUCGUUACUGCUACAACUCUCUCUCUCUCUCUCACUCACUCACUCUGUGUGUGUGUGGAAGUGGUGGUGAUGGAAGGGGAAAAGCCCAAGGUGGAAGAGGUCGGAGGGACGGCGGAGCCCCAGCCGCAUGCUCCGGUGGACGUGGCGGACGAGAAGGCCGUCGUCACCGCGCCACCACCAGCCGCGGAGCCCGAUGAUACCAAGGCUCUGGCCAUCGUUGAGAAGGUUGCAGAACCAGCUCCCCCUGCUCUAGAGAAAGAUUCAGGAGGUUCUAUUAACAGAGAUGCUGUUCUUGCAAAGGUUGAAAGUGAGAAGAAAGUGUCCCUGAUCAAAGCAUGGGAAGAGAAUGAAAAGACAAAAGCUGAGAACAAGUUCCAGAAAAGGCUUUCAGAUAUUGGAUCGUGGGAGAAUGCACAGAAGGCUGCCCUGGAAGCUAAACUGAAAAGUUUGGAGGAAAGCUAUGAAAAGAAGAAGGCUGCAUGUGCUGAGAAAAUGAAGAACAAGGUUGCAAUAGUGCAUAAGUCUGCGGAGGAGAAACGGGCAAUAGCUGAGGCUAAAAAAGGUGAAGAGUUGCUUGUGGCUGAAGAGAAAGCUGCAAAAUACCGAGCAACAGGUCUGACACCGAAAAAGCUCUUUGGUUGCUUUGGGAGCUAAUGUGAUUAUCUCCUUCCUGGAGAAAAACAUUGCUAGCUUCUUGUGUACGUUUUUAUCAGUUCUAUUCUUUAAUUGUUCCAGUGUGUUAAGUAUCAUGUGUAAAUAUUGUUUCAUCACGUACCGGUGCUUGGGUGAUGUUUCUGUUGGUGUCUAUUUGUGUCUGACAAAAACUAAGUCCGAUGACAAUGGACGUCUUUUCAGUUGGAUUUGUUCUCAA